UGAGCCGACAGAGGACACACUGCAGCAGCAGCACUAACAGGAUGAUAUGACGGAUACAGCAGAGAGCACACACAACAUGGAGGACUUCUUCCAAACGGUGGAGGAGGUGAGAAGCCUCAUUGAAAAAAUCUCCUGCCAAGCAGAGGAGGUGGAGAGGAGACAUGGCGCCAUCCUUUCCUCUCCUAACCAAGACAAGAGAAAAAAAGACAAGCUGGAGCUGCUGAACAGUGACAUCAAGAAGAAUGCCAACUUGGUCCGAGCCAAGCUAAAAUCAAUGCAGGAGAACAUGCCUGUGGAUGAAAACCAUAAAAGUGCCUCAGUAAUUCAGCGUAUUCACAAAAACCAGCACUCACACCUGACCCGCUGCUUUGCUGAAGUCAUGAAGAGCCACCAUAAAGCGCAGAUCUCUUUCAGGGAGAAAUGCAAAGCACAAAUUCAGAGACAGCUGGAGAUUGUGGAUAAAGUGACCACAGAUGAAGAGCUGGAGGAGAUGCUGCACCGUGACAAUCUUGCCAUCUUCAUAUCUGACGUCAGCUCUAAUGCUCGAAUUUCAAGCCAGGCUUUGAGUGAGAUUGAAUCCCGUCAUCAGGACAUCAUCAGCCUGGAGUCCAGCAUCAGAGAGCUGCACGAGAUAUUUGCUGACACUGCCAUGCUGCUGGAGAUUCAGGGGGAGUUGAUCAACAACAUAGAAAAGAAUGUGACGAGCGCUGCAGAGUACGUAGACAAGUCCAAAGCAGAAACCUAUAAAGCAGUCACGUACAAGAAAAACCCACACAAGAUAGCAUCUCUGCCGAGCUUCUUCAAGCCUUUCAAGAGGAAAACCACUGCCGCUGAUCAAAACCCCUCAGACUCAAACCAUAACUGAGCUCCUGAACCUGUUUGAACAGUGACUGCACCAAGCGUCCUGAUGAACAUCAAAGCCUGUGCUCGGUGGAACUAUACUUUUCAUCUCAUUUAUGGUACAGUGCCUGUCCGCCCCCUCAAACGCCUUCGAAAGUAUAAUCAGGAAGCUGUUAUUUUUUAAGUAAGUGAAUAUGAACUGCCAUGAUAACAACCUGUCAGCUGAAAGUGACGGGGUGAUGUGGACAAACCUGGCAAAUCAGCUUCUGAGGCCAACUGUGGGCCGUCAAGGAACAAAUGCAGCAUACAACCCUUAAAAAAACAUCAGAAUUUUAACUCACUUGUCAGUCACUGUUUACACACUCCCAGUGCUGAGACUUAAGGUGUCAGACAUGGCAUUACAAUAACACAAAAGUCUUUUAACACAGUAACCCAAGCUACAUUUUUAGAUGUACGACACCGUCUGGAUGGAUUUGCUCAUUAAUUCACUACUUACAGUCAGCUGGUGUUCCCCUGACUGGCCAGUAGGUGGCAUAACAACAUUAAAAUUACCAGCAUCACUUACCUUCCUUUCUCUCUGCAGUCCUGCUGAGCUGUUUUUGUCUGAUGCUGUGUGUUUUACUAAUGCAAUGUAAUGUGAUGUUGUCUAAUACUCAGUAAGAGAUGUCUGUAAUGCUUUAGGAUAAACUGUAAGACCAUGCUAAGCCUAAAAUAAACUCGUGGUGCAGCUACUUUA